CUGUGCCUAAAUACACUUACUUGUUAGCAGUUUAAAGGUAUCUAAUAUAGAAUAGUCGAUCACCAAAGGACUCAAAUGAUAAGUCACUGACUUUUUUUGGGUUAUCCCAGGUUCUCUACACAUAUACUGCUAUGUAUGAUAAUUUAUAUAACUGUAUUUGUGUAUACCAAAAUAAACUUACAACAGCUCACACUAGUGACCCAUAACUACAAGAAUAACAUUGUCAUUGUUGUGUUGCUCUCCAUCAGGAGAAGAAACCUACAAGUAAACUACAUAUAACCUCAGGAAGACAGUGUCACCAUCCACAGACAUUUUACUUUAUAUAUUGUCUCCAGCAGUGGUAAAUUGCUUUCAGUAAUGGCUAAGAAAAUCAGGGCUAUUUUAGUUGACCUGAGCGGGACGUUACAUGUGGAUGAUACUGUGAUACCAGGAUCAAUUGAGGCAUUGAAAAAAUUGCGAGAAACAAGUGCGAAGAUUAAGUUUGUAACAAACACUACUAAGGAGUCCAAACGUAUCCUUCAUGAGCGACUUGCACGCAUCGGCUUCAGUAUUAAUAAAGAGGAAAUCUUCACAUCUCUGACAGCAGCCAGACAUUUAAUAGACAAAAGAAGUUUGCGACCAUAUAUGUUGAUUGCUGAUGCAGCCAAGGAGGAAUUUAGUGAUAUUAACUCUGAGAAGCAAAAUGCUGUACUUGUUGGCUUAGCUCCAGAAUACUUUGAUUAUGAACAUAUGACAAAAGCUUUCAGGAUUCUCCUCGAGGGUGCCCCACUCAUAGCUAUUCACAGAGCCCGCUAUUACAAACGCAGUGAUGGCCUGGCUCUCGGACCAGGAGCAUUUGUAGCUGCACUGGAAUAUUCAACUGGUUGUAAGUCAGAAGCUGUAGGUAAACCAGAAGCUUCAUUCUUCCACUCUGCUCUGGAGGAUUUGGGCUGCAGUGCCACAGAGGCAGUCAUGAUCGGAGAUGAUGCUAGAGAUGAUGUAUGUGGAGCGAUGAAUGCUGGUCUUCAUGGCAUUCUGGUCAAGACUGGCAAGUAUAGACCAGGGGAUGAAUCUACUGUAAACCCAAAACCAUCAUAUGUUGCUGAAAAUUUUGCUCAGGCUGUGGAUCAUAUACUCAGUACCUGGCUAAUUUCAGAAUAGCAGUUUUCUAGAUUCUUCAUUGUUUAUUUGAACUUAAUAAGAUUAAAAAAUAUAUCAACAUACAGGUGCCCCUCAACUUACGAAGGGGUUACAUUCUGGCAAACCAAUUGUAAGUCGAAAAUAUCAUGUCGAAUAUGGAUAUUAUAUGCUUAAUAAACAAGUGAAUAACUACUGUCACUGAAUAAGUAAAUAAACAAAUAAUUACUGCAACUAACUAAAUACCAGUAUGAAAAGUAAAUAAAUGAAUACAAAUUAUGGACUUGCUGCCUUAAUAUUGGGUAAUUAUCUUAAGUUUCAUCAGUCCAUCACCCUUGAAUUUGUAGAUUUGAGGUUGUCAGGGUGAUGGACUGAUCACAUCGUCUUUACAUCUCUACUGCUCCUGCCUUACUUUCUGUACUCAACUGAAGAAGCCUACUGUGUAGGCGAAACAUUUCAGAAUAAAGUUGCCUAACUGUUUCUCAUGUGUCUUACCUUCCAGAGUACUGUAUUUUCCAGCAUAAAGGCACACAACAAGGCCAAAGGCCUUGAAGACUGCCAGGGGUCUUGAAGACAGCCUUGGCUUUUCAAAAUACAUGUAACUAGGGAUGUUUAAGUUAACUGGGGUCUUUCAGAGGGCUAAUUACCUUUCUUACUUUAUGCUAAAGUGUAACUCAAAACCUACCCUUCACCCUGACCUUGAGUAUAUAAGGCGCAGAGUAAUUUUCCAAGACAUUUGUGUGUGUGUGGAAAAAAAACAUGCCUCGUGUAGGAAAAUACGGUAAUUGCAAAAGUCGAAAUAUCAUAAGGCGAAUUAUUGUAAGUUGAGGAGCACCUGUAUAUUGCAUAUUAUGUAUAAACACAGAUAAUUCUUUAUAGGGUUUUAUAGUCACUAUGCAUAAAAGUAAAAUUUAUAAUACUGUCCACUCCUGUUUAAUCUUUCAUUGUUGUAUUAUCAGUUUGUACGUUCUUACCAAAUAAAGAUUAUGACAGCUAGCAAUA